CGGCACCUGCCCGCCGAGCUGGCGGCGGCCGAGAAGGAGGAUCUGCUGCGGCACUUCGGCGCCGUGGCCGUGCGCGUCCUCUCCGACCACGGGCGGCUGAAACAUACUGCUUUCGCGACGUUCCCCAGUGAGAACGCGGCGGCCAAGGCCUUGUCGAGACUGCAUCAGCUGAAGCUUUUAGGUCACACUUUAGUUGUUGAAUUUGCGAAGGAGCAGGACAGCAUACAGGUACUAAGCCAGCCUUCGCUCUCAGAGAAGAGUAAAAGCUCAGAGGAGCCUGUGAAGGAAGAAGAGAAGAAAGAAUCAAGCUGUCUUAAAAUUGACAAUGGAAUUGCUCCCAAUCAUGGCCUCACCUUUCCCAUCAAUUCUUGCCUCAAAUAUUUGUAUCCACCACCUUCAAGUACAAUUCUAACAAAUAUAGCAAAUGCCUUGGCAAGCGUGCCCAAGUUCUAUGUACAGGUACUUCAUCUUAUGAAUAAAAUGAAUCUUCCUCCACCUUUUGGACCAAUUACCGCUCGCCCUCCCAUGUAUGAAGAGUAUUUACCAGUGCCUGUGCCACCUCCCCCAAUACCACCUCUGCCUCCUGAAGAGCCACCUUUGCCCGAAGAGGAAGAAGAGCCAGUAUCUAGUGGGGAGGAAUCAGAAUAUGAAAGUGAUAGUGAGGAAAAAGAGAGAAUGACCAAGUUGAUGGAAUUAGCAACCCUUCAGCCUAAGAGGCCAAUAAGCACGAAGAGACGUGGAGUUAGGAAAAAACAAAGAAUUAAAGACUUGCUGAAUGCUCCCGUGUGUGCUCCCCACAGUAAUUUGCACCCUACACUGUCACCUUCAGAUGUCUUUGAACAGCCUCAACAUGUAGGUCAUAAAAAAAUAGAAUUUCAUAUUACUACUGACAUCCCAUCUGUUCUUCAGAUAAAUUCAGAAAGCGAAGAAAAAAAUGAUCUUUGUGCAACCACAGAAGAAAUCAAUAAUGCAGGAUUUGGAAAGAUUUUCCCUGCUCCUACCUCAAAUGAUAAAAUGGAAACGGAAGAGGAGAAUGAUGAAAUACCAUCAGAAUUUAUUUCUAGAAGGGAACUAGAAAAAAACAGACUUUCUAGAGAAGAAAUGGAAAAAUUCUCUGUUUUCAAAAACUAUGAGCCAGGUGAUCCAAAUUGCAGGAUAUAUGUGAAGAAUUUAGCUAAGCAAGUUCAAGAAAAGGAUCUCAAGUUCAUUUUUGGAAGAUAUGUUGACUUUGAGUCAGAAAUGGAACGAAAUAUGUUUGACAUACGUUUGAUGAAAGAAGGCCGUAUGAAGGGACAGGCUUUCAUUGGGCUACCUAAUGAAAAAGCAGCUGCUAAAGCUCUAAAAGAAGCAAAUGGAUAUGUGCUAUUUGAGAAGCCCAUGGUGGUUCAAUUUGCUCGUUCAGCUAGACCAAAACAGGAUUCCAGUGAAGGGAAAAGAAAAAAAUAGAGCACUGCAAAAGGUCCCUUUUGUGUCCCAUCUUUUUCAAGUAUUACCGAGCUGAGAGAAGAAGCAGUCAUCAUCGGGACUCUUGAACUGUGCGUAGUAGCAUUUCUAAAGUAUUUAAGACAUAAAUUUACUCAUCUAAAAGAUUCCAGAUGUCUUUAAACAGUCACAGAAUUUAUCUGGCAAGUGUAUGCCAAUUUGCUUGUAAAAUCUCUAAUAAAUUAUUCCUUUCUCUUCA